AUGAUGCAGCGAAUGUAUCCAAAUCAACAAAUUCUUCGAUCAAUCUGUCGAUCAAUGUCGUCAUUACCUACAUAUGAAACAUUGAAGUUAAGCCAACCUAAACCACAUGUAACACUUGUUGAAUUGAAUCGAUCAUCAAAACUCAAUGCUAUGAACAAACAAUUAUUCGAUGAAUUAAAAGUAUGUUUCGAACAAUUAAAUACAGAAAAAUCUUGUCGUGCUAUUGUUCUAACCGGUUCUGGAAAAGCAUUUAGUACAGGUAUUGAUGUAAAAUAUUUAUCGGGUGUUUCAGUUAACGAACUCGGUGAAAUCGAUGAUGUAGCACGAAAAGCAUUACAUCUUCGACGUAUGAUACAAAGUAUUCAAGCAUCUUUAAGAUCAGUUGAUAAGUGUGAGAAACCAGUUAUUGCUGCUAUUCAUGGUCAUUGUAUAGGCGGAGGUGUUGAUUUAUCAGCAUGUUGUGAUAUUCGUUAUAGUACACGUGAUACAACAUUUUCCAUUAAAGAAGUUGAUAUAGGUUUAGCAGCUGAUAUAGGUACUCUACAAAUACUGCCUAAAUCAAUUACUAAUCAUAGUAUUUUCCGCGAGCUUGUUUAUACAUCACGAACAUUUAAUAGUGAUGAAGCACAACAAAUUGGACUUAUUGGUCGUAUAUUUGAUACUCGUGAAGCUGUUCUCGAAGCAGCUAUUUCAUUGGCAAGUGUUAUUGCUCGUAAGAGUCCUGUAGCUGUACAAGGUUCAAAAAUCAAUUUAAAUUAUGCUCGUGAUCAUACAGUUGAUGAUAAUUUUCUAUUUGCGAGUGCAUGGAAUAGUAGCAUGUUGAUGACUGAAGAUAUUAUAAAAGGUGUAAUGGCAUCAGCUGUAUCAAAAGAUAAAAGUAACAAGGAUGCAAUAAGUGAAAUUAAAUUCGAAGAUAUUUAA